AUGCCGCUCGUCGAAGUCCUCACAACCUCCAAAUCCCACACAACACCUGGCUGGGCGUACGUGCCCGAAACCAGCAUCCGCUCAUCCCAAACCACCAAAUCCUCGACCGGACGCAAACGCAACAUCCGCGAACCGGGGGGCCGUGGCGCGAAUCUAACCUCGCGGCAAAACCAUGCGAUAAUCCGACACUUGGCGGAACUCGACCGCGAGAAUCAUCGCGAGAACGUACACAUUGCAGUACCCGUGCGCAAGGAUGCAGUUCAGCGCGACAACGGGCGGACGGCGCGCCCCAAGACAACGAGUAAUGUACGCCGCAUUUUGCAGAGUCAGAAGACCUUCAAGAAUUAUCUGGACGACGAAGAGGCUGCGCUAUCCCAUCAGGCUAGUGUCUCGGGGACGGGGAGUAGGCCGACGGGGAUUGUGGGUGGUGGUGCUGCCACUGUCGUGUCAAAAGUCGCCAAGGUCGCUGCGAGACGGAGUGUGACGCCUAUCACUAAACUCAAGGAGAAGGAGAAGGAGAAGGAGAAGGAGAAGGCGGACGCGAAUGAGACCGAGCCAAAAACAGACCCAGUUCCGAAAACAGAAGAUGCCGACGCAAUGCAGCUCGACACGCCCGUCCCCGAACCGAUUAAAGGAAUCAUCAAGACGACACACGACAGCGACCCGCUCCUCAAAUCAUACAUCCCACUCCCACCUUCUGAUCGAUUGAUGGCGGCUCUCCUCGCCGAACCGGCGCUCACGUACAACGCGGCGCGAGCAAGGCCGUCGAGUUCAGGGAAGCCGCCGCGGUAUUUUUGCACGAUAUGCGGGUAUUGGGGGAAGAUCAAGUGUAGGAAUUGCGGGGUGCGUACGUGUGGGCUGGAUUGUUAUAAAGUGCAUGAGGAUUCGAGGUGUGGUGCUUUUUUCUAA